UGUUCACUCUGCAGUAAAGAAAACUGUUUCCUACAAGGCUCAUUCCAUAGUCUAUCCUCAUCUGGAGCAUUUAGGGAACACACUGAAUCCAGCUAUGUGCUGUUUCUGCAGAAAUGCACGUUUUACAGGGGGAGCAUUGGAAACUGUAGCUACCAGCUGCAAAAAAGUCCUGAUACACAGUUUCCUCCAUUAAAGUAUAGCAGGCACACGGCAGCAAGGAGGGCUUUGUGCUAGCUUGGCAAUACUAAAGCACUUAGGAUUUCUCCAGAAGAGUCCUGACGUGUUCAUGGUUGUAGCUGGCAAAAGAUAACUGCUGCAUUAUCAACCUGUUACAUUUGUCAAUUUUACUGGAUUUAAGACAUUUGAAAGGAGGAAAAAAAGAUAGUUUUAACUGCUCAGAUUUCAUUGUAAAGGUUAAACCAGGAGAGAUUUACACAAAGAGCAGUCCCUUUUUUUUUACUGCUGGAGAUAUACAGUGCAGUACAAGACAUCCCAAUGCAGUUGAAUUUGCUUUUCACCAUAAUCUUUGCAAACUUUUGCAUUGCUAAAACGAGUGGAUCUAUAAAAACUGUGAGAUCCCCAAAUCUAAAGCGAGAUGAGAGUAAUCUACUUAAUAAAUUAUACCGGAAAGAAGAAACUAUUCGUGUUAAGGGAAAUGGCUGUCUAAGUAGCCCACGUUUUCCGAAUAGCUACCCUAGAAAUCUUCUUCUGACUUGGAAACUAGAUUCUGAUGAAAACACUAGGAUUCAGCUUACUUUUGAUAACAAUUUUGGCUUGGAAGAACAAGAAAAUGAUGUGUGCAGGUAUGAUUUUGUGGAGGUCGAGGAAGCCUCAGAAACAAGUACCGUCAUUCGAGGACGCUGGUGUGGGCACAAAGACGUUCCUCCAAGAAUUACAUCAAAAAAGAAUCAAGUAAAAAUCACCUUUAAAUCAGAUGAUCAUUUUGUGGCUAAACCUGGUUUCAAAGUUUGCUAUUCCCUUGUGAAUGAUUUUCAGCCUGAAGCUUCCGAGACAAACUGGGAGUCGGUCACAAGUCCUGUUUCAGAAGUCUCCUAUGAUUCAUCACUGGUGACUGAUUCCACUUUAACUGCAGAAGCACUUGACCAAGCUAUUUCCAUGUUUGACACCCUUGAAGAGGUACUUAAACAUUUCAACCCGGAUACAUGGAAAGAAGAUCUAGAAAAUCUUUACACAGAUACUUCACAGUUCCGUGGUAGGACAUUUCAAGAAAGAAAGUCAAAAAUUAAUUUGGACCGGUUAAAUGAAGAUGUCAAGCGUUAUAGCUGCACACCAAGAAAUCACACUGUAAAUUUAAGAGAAGCACUAAAGGUUACCAACGCCGUGUUUUUUCCUCGCUGCCUACUAGUGAAGCGAUGUGGGGGAAACUGUGGCUGUGGAACUGCAAACUGGAAGUCCUGCACAUGCACAUCUGGAAAAACAGUCAAGAAAUAUCAUGAGGUUCUAAAAGUCAUGCCUGAACCUGGAUACAGUAAAAAAAGGAACAAAGCCAAGAACAUGUCUAUCGUUGACAUACAGUUGGAACAUCAUGAGCGUUGCGAUUGUAUUUGCAGUUCAAGGCCUCCUCGAUAGAAAACAGUAGAAAGAAAACCAACAUCUUUACAGCGUUAUGGACAAUUUUCAAAUCAAUCAUUGUCAUCACUUGGCAUACAAAACGUUAUGUUUGCUGUUUAUUUUAACAAGAUAUAUUAAUGCUGUGCUCCUUAAUUGCUUAGCUUAAAGAAUGCAACGUGUUAAUGUAUACUGACCAAAUAUAGAAUUGAUAUUCUAGUCAAUAUAAGCAAAGGGCACAUUGCAAGAUUAUCCUUUUAAUCUAUAGAUAUAACCGCUGGCUUUUAAUUUCUAUGGAUUACAGCACGGUUCAAAAAAAAAAAAUCUCACUGGUUAUGUGCAUAAAUAUAAAACUUUAUUACAACAACAUUUGUGGACAUUUAAUUAAAGGGACAAUAAUCUAAUUUUCCUAUGGACAAGUUGUGCACUAAACAUACAUUUUUUGGUUGUUUUAGUAUCCUUUUAUACAGCUUUAAUGUAAAAAAUUUUUAUUUUUAACAUGUCUAAAUAUUUCUCUUUCAUAUGCAUUGAAGAAUUUGUUGAUUUUAAUGUCUAUUUAAAGAAACAAUAAUGUAGGAUACAUCUGUAUCUUAUAGUAGACGAUAAGAUCACAUUCAAUAAUUGUACCAAGCAUGAAAUGUUUAAACCAAAGAAUUUGACUUAUACCUAAAUAGACUGUGUAGGUGAAAUGCAUUUUAUUUUGAAAUGUACAGAAAAAAAAAAAAUUUGAGGCAAAGGUUAUCAAUUAGUAUAGUUAGGUAAACGUUUUAAAUGCAUUUUCGUUGAGUAGAUUUUCAGUAUUACUUUAUAUGUUUGUCUUUGUUUCUGUAUGAAAUAAUUAUAUGUCUUUAUUCUAUAAAAGUUUCUACAUCUCAGUAACAUGAAUUAUUGUAAGUUAGUAAGUAAUGAAUGUGUAACAAUUUAGAAGAUAUUUACAAAAAAAAACCAGAGUUCAUGUUGAUCAUUUUUUUUUUCUAACUUGCAUAAAAAUAUUUGCAUCUAAAUAACACAAAAUAAUUUUUUUUAAAAAUCACUCCUCCAAAUUGCCAAUAUUUUAAAUAUUUUUCUUAAUUUAAAUAACUUGCUGUAUGGUGCUUUAGUAGUUUGUGCUUUAUUUAUAUUGGGAAAUGUUUGGAAAUGAAAGUAUUUUUUUAAAGUAAUAAAUAAUUAAUAUUCCAAUUGCAUGUAAAGCAAAUGGAUGGCUUUUCUAUUUACAGUAUACACAUACAUCUUUUGUUCCUGUUUUUAAUGUCAGUUUAAUUAAGUUUAUAUGUUAUUGUUUAUUUUUCUUUUCUUACAUUUAAAUAAUUGAAUGCUAUUCAGCAAUUAUCAUGCCUUAAUGGAUAGAAUAAAAAUGUUUUAAAAUGA